AUGGAGAGGCAGAGAAGUUUCUCCUUCAAACCCACGAGGCUUUUGGUCUUUUCAUUCACAAUCUUUUCUUCAAUCUUCUUCCUUUCUACCUUCACCAUCUGGCUCCUCAAGUCCACACCUUCAGUUCACCAGCAGAUUCGUCUUCACUUCAACACAUCAUCAUCAUCAUCAUCAUCAUCAUAUUCUUCUUCUUCUUCUGUCGGUGAUAGCGUCAAUGUGGGUCCUCGGUCUUUAACUGUUCAGUCCUUGACUAGCUUUACCAAAAACUUCACUGUAAGUGGUGUCAAAAUUCCAACUUCGAUCGAUAAUCGGUUUUUUAGGACCAAGAAUACCUUUCUCGGGUCCAAAUCUGAAGAUGUAAGACAUCAUGCUGAUGCUUCAACUGUUAAUUUCAUGGCAAUGCAAGAUAAUGGAACUUCACCUCGAAGGAGAUUCAGCAACGAACAGAAGAAGGUUCUAGUAGCUGAUUUAGUUGGGAAAACUACUCAAGUUCCGGUUUUGAGCAAGAUUGAGAACAAGACAGUAAAAGGGUGUGAUUUAACAAAAGGGUAUUGGGUUUUUGAUGAAAACUAUCCUCUUUACGCUAAAGAUUCAUGUCCUUUCAUUGAUGAAGGUUUUAAUUGUGAGGGAAAUGGAAGAUUGGAUAGAAAAUACUCUAAGUGGAGAUGGCAGCCCAAAUACUGUGACCUUCCAAGGUUCAAUGCAACAAAAAUGCUGGAGUUGAUAAGAGGGAAAAGACUAGUUUUUGUGGGUGAUUCGAUUAAUAGGAACCAAUGGGAAUCAAUGCUGUGCAUGUUAUUGGGUGCUAUUAGAGAUCCAAAGAGAGUGUAUGAGACCCAUGGAAGGAAAAUUACCAAAGAGAAGGGAAAUUAUAGUUUCAGGUUUCUGGAUUACCAAUGUACUGUUGAAUACUAUGUCAGUCAUUUCUUAGUUCAUGAAACCAAGGCAAGAAUAGGGCAGAAACGAAGACCAACCUUGCGAAUUGAUGCCAUUGAUCGCAGUUCAUCAAGAUGGAGAGGAGCUGAUAUUUUGGUUUUCAACACUGCACAUUGGUGGUCACAUUACAAAACAAAAGCUGGGAUUUAUUACUACCAAGAAGGAAGUCUAGUUCAUCCGCGGCUAAAUGUUUCUACAGCUUUGAGGAAAGCUUUAAUGACUUGGGCUUCAUGGGUGGACAAACACAUGAAUCCCAGAAAAGCCCAAGUUUUCUUUCGAAGUUCAGCACCAUCUCAUUUCAGGGGAGGUAAUUGGAAUUCGGGAGGACAUUGUAAGGAAGCCACUAAUCCUCUGAAUGAAACCUUAGGUACCAUUUAUCCCGAGAAGAAUAUAAUCAUAGAGGAGAUUAUAAAGCAGAUGAAAACUCCAGUGACAUUGUUGAAUAUAACUAGUUUGUCAGAAUAUAGGAUAGAUGGUCACCCAUCGAUUUAUGGAAGAAAAACACAAUCCUCUAGCUUUCAAGAUUGCAGCCAUUGGUGUCUUCCAGGGGUUCCAGAUACAUGGAAUGAACUGUUAUAUUUUCAUUUACAAAGUAGAUGAGGGUGACCAGUUCAAACUAGUAUGCUCUUCAUUUUUCUGUAUAUAGCUUGUGAAAUAUUCUUCCCCCUCCUCCACCCCAAAACGUAUUGCAUGUUCUUUUUAGCAUUUUCGG